AUGAUUUGUCGCUUUUUGGUCACACCGUCUCCUGUGUUUGAUCUUUAUACCGAAACAAAAGGCGAAUUACUCAGCAUCCAACAAUUUGCCAUUACCCGCUUGGCCCAGUGCGUUCAGACGAAAGCAAAAGCGCAAAUCAACCCGGCCGCCACUUCCAUUAUCUACGCUCUUUUGAAUGAAAUAACCCGGUACAGCGAAGAUGGGCCACCGGAUCGGCGAAGCUACCAUGAAAACCACGUUUUGGACUCUCCUGCAGCGACUGAGCAAUUGAGCGAAAACCAAAAGCAACAACUGUACGUCAACGCUCUUUCGGCUAUUGUGGGAGUCGCGGUGCAUCUCAAGGACGACGCUAUUAUCGCUCAAGCGUACUCAGUACUAGUGGUACGCCGCAAAUGCUUUCCGCCAGCUGCCAUUGCGUCGCUCAUGACCAAUUUUGUGGAUCUGGCCCUGGUGAGCUCAAGCAGUGUAUUCCAAGAUAUCAUCACGAUUUUUUCGGUCAUCAAUCGCGAAUCGCUCACUGUGGACAAUAAGCAACCAUUUACAGCGGUCAUGGAUGCUCAGCUUCAGCUGGCGAAACGAAUUUCGACACGACCUGAACUCUAUUCGCUCUACCUCACCAAUUUAUUGAACCUCUUCGUCGAUAACGGCAACACUGUGCAGCGAAUGUCGAAUAAUUCGAAAAAAGAUCCGGAAAUUUCGCUGGCAUCCAAGUUGGGACAGUUGCUCCCUGUGUUACGUGCAUUAUUGAGCCAUGAUGACUUUCAACCUCACCUCGAUGCGAGCGAAGAGACUGUAUCCCUAUUCCGUAACCUCUGGUUCCACUGUAUCCUUUUCGGUUUUGUGACCGAGUCGAUGUGGCUUCGGGAAUGGCAUGAUUCAUUACAAGUCAUUGCAAAGAAAACACCAGUUUUGGUGAUUGAAAGUGCCACCAACUAUCUUGAAAGUGAUCUCGAAUACAACUCGGUGCUCCGAAGCGGAAAUACCACGGACCAGAGUCUUACCGCAAUGCGUCAAAAGCUGACAACGGUUCUGCCAUCACUGGCUUACGAUAUCAAGAGCUUUUCGUUUGCGCAAGUGGUUUUUGCUCUCAGUGUGUAUCACAUUGAAAUGAUGCGUAGCCGAAUGGGCGACUGUAAUUACAUUCUGCACUACUUUAUGAACGACGGCGUCAACAAUAGUGUACUCACUCAUUGCUUGGAAACCAUCACGGAUAAGGUGGUAGCUGUUUACACCAAGGAUGCGAUGUUUAAGGCCAGAAACCAAAAUUUGGAGGAUGAACUACGUUGCCAGAUGACGAGCCUCCUCAAGUUAUGCUGCCAUCGUCUGGCUAAAGUGCAUCAGCUCGCUAUCAAGACCACCGAUCAUAUCGUCUCGACCUUCCCCCAAGUACUUGCAGAGAAAUCCCUCAUUACCCUACUUUUGGAACUGGUACAACUUUUAUGGCUCAGCUGCGAAUCGGAAUAUCGUGACGAAUAUUGUCCCGUAUUUCAUUUUAAAUCCGUCAAGAUUGACUUCACUUUGGAAAUUGGUGACACCUUUAGCUAUCGCAAAGAGUUGUGCACCAAAUUCUACCAAAGUGCAAAGAAAUGGCUGGGUCUGGCGAUGGACCGGGCACCCAUGGAAGUGAAUGGAUUGCUCCAAGAUUAUAUGGCUGAUUUUGAUCGGUUUGCACCGGGACAAACGCUGGACAGUGCCCAUCUCGGUCGAUCUUUGGCUCUUGACAUUGGUCGUACGGCUUCGCGAAAUCAGCUCGGCGUGGAUUUUGUUCCCAAAGUACCGUCUGUUCAGCCAGAUGAAUCAUCUGAUUUUGUAAAUGGAUUCACCACUCGAAGAUAUCACGUUGGUGAAAUAAGUGGAAUUGAGUAUAUCCCUGAUAAUAGGACUGGGUCUGGUUUGAGCGAACAGGCGCCCUUCGUCCUUGGUAUGCUUGAGAGUUUGUUCGAUGAUGUAAAACGUAAACAUCAUGUAUCUACGGAAAGACUCCGCCAAGCGAUGCUGCGAACAGCGGCGUUUAUCGUUUCACUUAAGAAGGUUCAUCCAGAUUUGGUCAGCUAUUUAGUCAAAAUCCCGGUGUAUAUCUUCAGCCCGGAAUCUCUGAUCAUCGGCACGGAUGUAUGGAACUGGGUGAUUGUCGAACGACCCGACAUCGAAAAGCGGCUCAUGGUAGAGAUGUUGAGCAUGUGGAGCUGGGCCCAGAGGCAUCGUAAAGGCUUGUAUUCCCCCAUGUUGAACACAAAGCAUCCAUUCCUUACCAGAAUGACCUAUACACCUUCUGAAAAGUCGACUCGUGAAAAGACAAACCGCGCAAUACAUGUGUUGUUUUCCCCGCAUAUCACUUGGAUCAAGUUUCUAACCAGCCGAUUCUACGCUAUCCGCCAUCGUAGUCGAUAUUUGGUCAAUAUGUUCAUUCGCUUGUUGCAAGAGUCUUUUCAGAAUGCCAGUUUGAUGAGCACUCAUCCAUUGGCGCGUCAACCACUCUUUCAGUUACUGUUCUUGGGCUUGAAAGUGUUGCAAUCCACUCGAAUGGAAGCACUUGCGGAAUAUAAAUUCCGAACGCUUGUGUAUGAUGCUGCGUUCAACUGGUUCUCUUUAGCGCCAAGAUGGCAUUACGGCUCACGUAAGAGUCUGGCACUGAUGGAGCACAAAGUGUUGAUGGACUUUUAUAAUGUGGUUGUCAAUGAUACACCCAAGCUCAGCUAUCUCACCACCAGCUCCACUUCACGCAAGUCCAAUUCCAAGAUCGCUUCAGGGUUAUACAUGUUUCUCAACGAUAAAACAAAGGAUGAUGUGAUAAAGCAACAUCAACAAGCCAAGAAACUGCUGCUACUAUUCCUUGACAGCGAAUUAUCUCGGCUUUCCGUAUGGUGCAACCCAUUAAAUGCGGUUGGGCCCGGCUAUCCCUCCAACUUUGCAGGCAAUACCGAGAAGACAUUUGCAACCGAUGAAUCAUGGAAAGACAUCGUUCGAUUUGCAUGGGAAAUGUCACCGCGACUUGCCGUGCAGAUGGCGUCUCGUUUUGUACAGCCAGUCGUGCAGCGCGAGUUGCAUCGAUUAAUUGCGAAUAAUAUGUUGGAUGUAGUGGAUGUUCCGGAAGCUUUAGUGAUCCUUCUUGGCGAUCGAUUAUUACCGAACGCUAAAUUGGAUCUAAAGUUCCUGAAAUAUUGGGCACCGGUACCCGCCAUCACCGCCGCCAAUUACUUCUCUCCUGCCUAUGGGAAGCAUCCGCUGAUCCUGCAGUACGCUAUGCGCAGCUUGGAAUAUUAUCCCGUCGAUAUUGUAUUUUUCUAUGUGCCUCAAAUCGUUCAAGCCUUGCGUCACGACGAAGCAGGUUAUGUUCAAAAGUAUAUCAUGGAAGCGGGGCAAGUGUCCCAGUUAUUUGCCCACCAAAUCAUUUGGAAUAUGCAAGCCAACUUUUACAUCGACGCGGAUAAAGAAUGCAACAAGCCUGACCAACUGAAACCGACCUUGGAAACCAUCAUUGAUAACCUGGUCAAUUCCUUUACCGGCGACGAUCGUGACUUUUAUGAACGUGAAUUCAAAUUUUUCGGUGACGUUACGGCCAUUUCAGGCUAUUUGAAGGAGUACAUCAAAUAUGGACAGAAUGAGAAAAAGCCAUUGCAAAAGAAACGUUUGGACGAGGAAUUAGCAAAGAUCAAAGUGGAUGUGGGAGUGUAUUUACCUAGUAAUCCUGAUGGCCAUGUGAUUGAUAUCAAUCGGUCCUCUGGCAAACCACUGCAAAGCCAUGCCAAAGCGCCUUUUAUGGCGACGUUCAAGAUCGAGAAAAAGAAGGAAGAUACAGACCCUAUGAGCAAAGAGUUGCAGCUGGCCAACCAAGACGAGGAAGAGGAACAGGAAGAAACGGUGGAGAUAUGGCAGGGGGCGAUCUUCAAAGUGGGCGACGAUUGUCGACAGGAUGUUCUUGCUUUGCAGUUGAUUGCUGUUUUCAAGAACAUUUUCACGAGUAUUGGCUUGGAUCUUUACGUGUAUCCAUAUCGUGUCGUGGCUACCGCUCCAGGUCGCGGUGUGAUCGACGUGAUCCCUCGCUCGAUUUCCAGAGACCAACUCGGUCGUGAAAAGGUCAAUAGUCUGUAUGAUUACUUUGUGGCAAAGUAUGGUGGCCCCGAUUCCAUUUAUUUCCAACGAGCGCGCAUGAAUUUCGUCCAAAGUCUGGCGGCGUAUUCGGUGAUCUCUUAUUUGCUGCAAAUCAAAGAUCGUCACAACGGUAAUAUCAUGUUGGACGACGAUGGUCACCUUGUUCACAUUGAUUUCGGUUUUAUCUUUGAUAUUGCGCCGGGCGGCAUUACAUUCGAAAGCUCGCCAUUUAAGCUGACGGCUGAAAUGGUGCAAGUGAUGGGCGGCAACUCGGAGCAACAGUCGUUCCGACAAUUCUCAGAACUGGUGAUCAAAGCCUAUCUAGCCAGUCGCCCGUACGCGGAGGUCAUUAUGCAACUGGUGACAUUGAUGCUCCAAUCCAGUCUUCCUUGUUUCAAGGGUGAUACCAUUCGACGUAUGCGCACACGUUUCCAAACGGAUAAAUCGGAACGUGCUGCGGCUGAUUUCAUGAUUCAGCGUAUCAAGGAAUCGUUUGAAAAUCAGAGAACGGUGUUAUACGAUUAUUUCCAGAAACUAACCAACGGUAAGUGCAAUCAUCUUGAACCAUUCAGAGAAACUGUUGUCUGA